CCCUGCACAUUGUACUUUAAGCAAUUAGCUUCUGGCCUCUGCUAUCUCGACAUUGCUGUAAUGUGGAUAGUUACAGCUCCCGGCGUUCGCUGGGGACAUAUACCAGCGGAGUUGCGCAGGCGCCUGGGUGGGAAUUGUCGCACUUUUCGGCGAGGCAGGUGAAGGCCGGAUCGUCUCCGGCUCCUGCCCGCAUUCCAAGCUCUGCACCCCGGCGGGCAGAGUCAUGCAGCGACCGGGCUCAGUGCAACAGAAGGUCCCCUCUGCUUUCAGCACUGCAGUGAGGGACGAGCCAGCAACCAAGCGGCAUAACCAGUCCUACAGAGUUUUGGCCACUGGAGAGCUAAGUCUGAAGGCACUGGAGGCAGAUAUACACCAUGCGAUUGCUACUGAGAAAGUGGAUGGAUCCUGCUGUUAUGUUACUAAGUACAAAGAUUCGCCAUGUCUCUGGGCUCGAUUGGACAGGAAACCUACCAAACAAGCUGAGAAACGAUUCAGGAGAUUCCAAUCCUCCAAAACCAGCACCGAGUUCACUUGGAAUCUCGAUGAUGACUUUAGGACAGUUGCUGAAUCCUGGAUCCCAGCACAUGGAGUGCUGCAAGUAAAUGGCCGCCUGCAACCAGAUGAAAAUGGCCAUAUUCCUGGUUGGGUUCCGGUAGAGAAAGGGAGCAAGCCCUACUGCUGGCAUCUUUCCACUGUAAAUUAUGAUGCUGGAUUAGCACUGGUCUUGAGACCCUGCUUGGAGAAGAACCUUCUAGAAAUUACCGCUGUUCCGUUAGUGGAGCUUCUUGAACAAACAUUGGAGUUGGUAGGAACGCACAUUAACGGCAAUCCGUAUGGGCUAGGAAACAAGAGACAACCUAUCCAUUUUCUGAUUUCUCAUGGAUCCCUGCAGAUUGAGAAACCCCUGAUGCUCAACCUCACAGAUUUGAUUACGUGGUUUGAAGGAAGCCCUGAGGGUAAAGUUGAAGGCAUCGUGUGGCACUGCACAAAUGAUGUAUUAUUUAAACUUCAUCGUCAUCACCUGGGUUUACAGUGGCCAGUGCAAGACCCAUAUUUGACUGCUCGACCUUUAUCCAUUAAUGUUGAUCUAACAAGGUACGAGUGUGAUCCUGAAACUAAGUCAUCGUUCCUGGUCUUCACAAGGCUCAAUGGGAAGCAGUUUGACCAUUUUAAAGACAUUCUGUGGGAGAAAGAUGCUGCAAACUAAUACUGUACUGGUCAAGGAAUUCUGGUUCAGCAGGUUGGCAGUUCACAGUGGCUUGUGAGUCAAUAGGACUGCUAUUGGUUUGUUACAAUUUGCCUGCCAUGUCUACAAACUUUGCUCUCAGUUCUGACAAUGGGAUGUUACUGAGCAGAGUAUUAAAACAUUCUUUUUACAUGAACGUUUUAAUCCUGUUCAGAAAUGGUCAUACAGAUAUUUUCUGUUGAGAGACAUUGUGACACAUCUCUGGAGCAGUUUGGACUCGAACUAGACUCUGUCUGCUAGGAGAUAGGGACACUACCAUUAUACCACAAGAGUCCCUUCAAAAUGAUCAUCUAAUCGUGUAAAAAUCUCAAACCAGGCACAAGCUAUUUACACAGCUCACUUAGGUUGACUGCCAUUUUAACAGGUAGGUGUACAAAGUCCAUGUUUGAUGGUUUAAUAUUACAGAUCCAAACACCACAAUGAACCAGACUUAUUUCCUCAAACUAUGCUAUCCAGCUCAGUCCAUGUAUGAAGGCAUUGACUGCGUUUAGGAGCAAACUAUUAGAUUUUGUACCUUUUUAAUGCCAUGUGUUAACUGCUCUUUGUAACUUUAAAAAGCUGUAAUUUGGCUUUACUGUUGAAAAGAUGCAUGUAUUAAUCUUGCCCUUGGUUUGUGAGAUUUAAAAUUUUGUUCGGUGCUGCAGUAUUAUUUACCAUGUAUUGGUGAUUGCUAGUUCACCACAUUUUUGUAUGAAAUGUUCUUAAGCUUCUAUUAAAAUAAUCCUUU